AUGAGAAUACAGUAUGCUGAUUACUUGCUGAUAUGCUCUACGUUUUACUUGUUUGUCAGAUUGGGGACCGAAGCCCCAGAUUCACUUGCGGAGUGGCUUGAAGCUGGUGAACAGCCUGUCUAUAUUGGAUUUGAUAGCCUUGUGAGUUUGUUGCAGCUUUCUCUAUUCAUGUUUAAUAUUCUUUUCCCGGUUCUAUCCCAGAGCCGUGGAGGUCUAUUCAUGACAGAUGGCAAAUCGACCCUUUGGUUCUUCAGUUGUUCAAUAUCUAAUUUGACUGAGGCAUGUCUAACACAUGCAGAGUAUACUCUGAAUUGCAUAGUUAAGCCUCUUGAAGAACCAGAGAAAAUGACCAAUAUUAUUCUUCAAGCUCUGGAAAUAACUGGACAGAGAGGCGUCAUCAUCCGAGGCUGGGUGGCAGAACCAAGUGAUUCUGUGUAUUUAGUGGACAAUUGCCCCCAUGAUUGGCUAUUCCAACGAUGCUCUGCUGUGGUGCAUCAUGGGGUUGCUGGGACAACUGCAGCUGGUCUGAAAGCUGCGUUACUCAUUUGGCUCAUAUUCUCUGUUCUUUUUAGUGUCCAACCACAAUUGUACCAUUCUUUGGGGACCAGCUAUUUUGGGGGGGAGAGGGUGCAUGCCAGAGGAGUAGGUCCUGCACCCAUUCCAGCUGAUGAAUUCUCACUUGAAAAGUUGGUCGAUGCCAUAAGCUUCAUGUUAGAUCCAAAGGCCAUGGAUGGCCAAGAUGAGGUGACAAGAGCAGUGAAUGCCUUUCAUAGGCACUUUCCUCACAAUAAAUCUUUGGAUAAACCCGAGUCAUUGCUGGCUAGAAGAGGCUUAUUUUCCAUCAGGAGGUGUUUUGGCUACUCCUCCUCCUACACAUGA